AUGGUGACCGGGGUCCGGCCAAUCACAGGCUUCCCCAUGGCCGAGGACCCGGAAGCGGCGGCUGACGGUCUCUCCGGCUUCACGGUGUUCGCCGCCUCCCCGCGGGAGGACGUGGCUUACGCUAAGGUUUUCUGGAACUCGCUGUCGCUCCAACCGCCGCUCGAGUCCCGCCUCGUGUCCGGGGACAUCACACAGCGCCUGAGGGUGGCGCCGGCCGUGGGCAGCGACCGAUGUCGUUGCCGCCUCUCCAGUGCAGACAAAAAGGCCAGACAGAAGGAGAUUGCGUUUGAAAUGAAGAUGAAAGCUGAGCAAAAGGCUGUGUAUUUGGAGAAGGCUAAGAAACGGAAAGAGAUUUUAGUUUUAAUCCAACAGCGGAGAGAGCAGAGCAUCCAGAGAGAACGUGUGUACCGCCCCUACAGGCCCCAGAGGGUGUCCGAGCCUCGACUGCGCCCCACAAGCCCGGACUUUAACAAGGAGGUUGAGGAGACCUAUCAAGCACUGCGUAUGUGUGACUGACGUGGGGGAGAGGCUCAGACUCUCCGCUGUUUGGGCUCAGUCCCCGAUCCCUUUCCUUUAUAAUAAAUCAUCACUUGCAGUUGAUCACUGCUCACUGACGCUGGUCCUCUCCCAACACUGAUUUACUACCAAAUAUAAUGACUGUUAUUUAGCAAAUCGCUAAUCCGUGCCAGUACCGCCCCCCACAUACACACACUCUCUCACAGGUACACACUUGCACACUCGCUGAUGAACAUUUAACACACACUCUAGCACACUCAGGCACACGCUUUCUCACGCACUGAUCCGAAUGCUCAACCACACUCACACGCUUAGUUGCACUCAUUGACACACAUUCCAUCACACACGCUCACUCUGGCAUGCAUGCACACACAAGUGCACACUUACACAACCACUGACACAAAUGCUCAAUCACUCUCACACUCAGUCACACUCACUGACAAACACUCAAUCACUUACGCUCGUACACUCAGUCUCACACACUGACACAUAAUUGCACGCUCACUGACACGCUCACUG